GCAAAAAAACAAUUAUUUUGAAACAAAAAUUCAUCUCAAAUUUACCUCCAAAUAAGAGCAAAAUCAAAUUACCAUUAGAAUUAGGGUUGGGGUUAGGGUUUGAAUUUGGAGAUUUCACUUAAUCAAUGAACGAUCAGCAAACACAGAUGAUGAUUAAUCAAGCUAAGAUCGUGAAUCACCUUCCUCCGCCGCUUCCUCCGCCGCAGCAGGUGAUGAAUCAGCAGCCUCAAUUGCCGGUUCCAUCUCAGCCGUUGAUCUUGAAUCGUGGCUACGUUGGUAACAGUAAUAAUAAUCUUAAUAAUAGUAAUAAUAAUAAACUGAAGCCUUGGCAGACUCUGCAGCAAAACCCUAGCAAGAUUGGUAAUUUUGGUGUGUCUAAACCGAGGAGUAGUAAUAAUAAUAAUAAUAAUAAUAAUAACUGGAAGGGGAAGAAGAUGAAACAGAGUGUUGGUCAGGGUAGUACUCAAGGGUACAACCCUCCAACGCUUCAUGAAUUGCAGUCACAGAACCGUCAGAAGACAAGGAAGUUUUACCCCAAUAAGAAGAAGUUUAAUAAUAAUGGGAAUAAUAACAAUAGGUUUGCUCCAUAUGCUCCGCGUAAUACUACUUCUUUUAUUAUUAGAGCUAAGAAGUCUGGUGGGAUUGCUUCUUUGGUUUCUCCGUGCCCUGUGACGCCGGCGGUCUUGCCAACUCCGAUAUUUUCACCCUCAAGGGAGGUGUUGGGUGACAUGGCGAAAGAAGAGUGGGGAGUUGAUGGGUAUGGUUCAAUGAAGGGUUUGAUUAGGUUAAGAUCGGGAAAUGAACUUGAGAAUGAGCACGAUGAGGAAGAUGACGAUGAUGCAAAUGGGUCUAGUGAGAGCGAUGUAGAGGAGCAUGUUGAAGUUGAGAGGAGAUUAGAUCAUGAUUUGAGUCGUUUUGAAAUGAUUUAUCCGAAUUAUAGUGGUAAUAGUGCUGGUGGAGAUUAUAAUAAUGUUUUGGAGAAUAGAGUGGAUGAUCAAGAUAGUCAUAUUGCACAAUUGGAGGAGGAGAACUUGACAUUGAAAGAGAGGUUGUUUUUAAUGGAGAGAGAGAUGUCAGAUAUGAGGAGAAGGUUGCUAUUUCUUGAGAGACAGAAUUGUAAUCAUCGAAGUGGUGUGGGUGGGGAAGAUGUUAAUGAGGAGGUGGUGGAAAAUGAGUCAGAGAAUGAAAGUGAAAAUGGUUCUGAUGUUCGUGAGGGUAAAGAAGAGAAUAAUGAAGAUGUUUGUAUGGAAGAUUGUGUACCUGAUGACACGAAGAAAGAAGAAAAAGAGGAAAAGGCAAUUAAGAAUGAGUUUGUGAAUGAAGGCAUGAUAGCAGAAGAGGAUGGUCAAAGAAAGGUAGAAAAGGUGGAUGAUGAAAUGUAUGCAGAGGAUGAAUCUAAGAGAGAAGAGAAAGAAACUGGGAAUGGAAUUCAAGAAGGUGGAGUCGAUGUAGUUGUGGAGAAAGAAAAGGGCAAGGAUGGGCAAGGAUGUGAUUAGAAGAGCAUUGAUGGCAGGGACUAACGUGAUUGUUCUGCCAGUAUAUGGGUUUGAUAGUUAUUUGGAAUGUUUUGUGCAGCUAAUGGAUAUAUGGUUUCUAUGUAGAUGUAACAUAGUUUCUGCUUCGUUUUUCUUUCAUCUCUUAUUUGUCUUACAGGGAAAGAGAGGAAGGCUGGACUGGUUCUCCAUUCUUUGUCCUUGUUUGACUUAGGUAGUCAGUAGGCCAUAGUUUCUUUCUUUCUCGCCUUUCUUUCUGGGUUUUAUUUUUCUUUCUUUCUGGUAGGACAGUUGAGUUUGAGUUCUCUGUUAGAGACAAAUAUCUGUAUGCCUGUUGAAAUGUACAAGUUCUGCAAGUUGUGAGCAUGAGGAGAAUGUGUUAACAUCUUGCCAGUGUAAGUUCUAAACAGUUCAAACAUGCUUGUCUUAUAAACUUAAAGACAAGUGAUUGAUUUUUGUAUCUAUGCACUGUAUCUUUAUUAGUUAUUCUGAACGCGAUUUCAAUUUCUUAGUUCCCAAAUACUUUUGUUUUUCCUCGGUUCUUUUUUUGCUAUAACAUAUGGCUAUUAAGAAUGUUUACCUGUUGGCACGAGGAAGGGAAUGUGUAUUUAUAUGCUUGACAAGUUUAAAUUGAAUUACACAAGUUGGAUUCUUUCACAAGCUUGCUGUGUUUCUUUAUAUAUGUGGAUUCUGCAUUGUGGAUGCUUGUUUACUUGAAGUUUCUGGGCAACAAACAGAAGAGUUUCUUGAGCAUUGCUGCUGUAGAUUCUUUGAGCCGGUUGCUUGAUCUGAAGGUCAGAGUGAUGGCAGUCUAUAUCCACGAUGGUUUUUAUAUUCUUCUUUAGAAUCAAUGAAGAAGAAAUCACAAGAUCUUCUUGGUUAGUAGGCCAGUGGGCUGAGCACUUAAAUUUGGAAGGCUUUGAAAUUGGUUUGACAACUGAAGCGGUGUUUUCCCCAGAUUUAGUAUCCGCGUUUCAUUUGGUUGCCUCGGUAAAUCACCCUGUCAAAAGAUCCAUCUUUGUUUCCAUCUCUACAGGAUACCCAAAUGGCCCAGCGAUAAUGGCUGCAUCAUCCAUGGUGACAUUGUAUGUGUUGGCGCUGGCUCUCCUGGCAAUGAGGAGCCCUAAAUCAGAUUAGCUUCUGCAAUGGUUUGCCUGGUAUGCUCAAUACAAACGUAUGACAUACGGGUUUUCCAGGUUCUGGGUGCUCGAGUUAAAACUGAGCUGGACUGUUGUCCGCUAAAUCAUUACUUAGAUGUUAAUGUUAUUGGUUUGGUAAUCUUAUCAAUGUGAAAUUCCUUGCAUGUUAAUCUAAUGAUUCUUAUAGAUUCGAUAAUUUCAUUGACGUGAAAGCAGCCGUCUCUAGAUUCUAGAACAGCUGUGUUCUCCUGGUAUAAGUUUGAUUCUUUUUAUGUCAUUCCAAAAGAAAGAUGCCCAACUGAUUGGAAUCAUAUAAACGCUUUUCCUCGAAAUCCAACCUUUGAUAAAGAUUGGGUUCCUGAAAUUACUGUUGUAUAUUCUCUCUUUUUGAGACCCCGUAGAAUCAACUGGCAUUACAA